CGGGGACUGUGCGCGCGGACAGAGCGCGCGGCGGGCGGGCGGCACCCUUCGCCGUGGGCCUGGGCAGCCGAGGCAUCCGUGGAGCCCCUCACACCCACUCCGCGACACCGGGCACGGGGAGCCCUUGGGAAAGUUCCCGGCGGCCCCGGGCCCCACUUCGCGCGGAGUUUGGAGACCGGUGCGUGGCGGCCGCCGCCUGGCCCCAGGAGCGAGAGGACGCCAGCGGCGAGGUGACCGCUCCUACCUGACGGCUCCGUGGCGGAGGGGCAGGGUGAGCCGGGUGCCCGCAGAUGCCCCCACCCCCAGGAGCAGCCCAGCCCAGCCUGAGCCCAGCGUGAAGGAGGGGCCCAGAUGGCGCUGAGCCCCGCGUCUGCAAGUGGGGUCCCCGUGCUGCCUGCCACAGACAGCUCUGUGCCUGAGCCGCCCAGCGCCCCCAACGCGUCCCUCAACGGCUCGUGGGCCAGCCCCUCAGAGCCCAGCGCCCUGGAGGACCUGGUGGCCACGGGAGCCAUCGGGGCGGUGCUGUCGGCCAUGGGCGUGGUGGGCGUGGUGGGCAACGCCUACACACUGGUGCUCAUGUGCCGCUCGCUGCGGGCCUCGGCCUCCCUGUACGUCUACGUGGUCAACCUGGCGCUGGCCGACCUGCUCUACCUGCUCAGCAUCCCCUUCGUGGUGGCCACGUACGUCACCAAGGACUGGCACUUUGGGGACGUGGGCUGCCGCGUCCUCUUCAGCCUGGACUUCCUGACCAUGCACGCCAGCAUCUUCACGCUGACCGUCAUGAGCAGCGAGCGCUGUGCCGCGGUGCGGAGGCCGCUGGACGCGGCGCGGCGCUCCCAGGGCUGCCGCAAGCUCCUGGCGCUGGGCACCUGGCUGCUGGCGCUGCUGCUGACGCUGCCCGUGACGCUGGCCGUGCGGCUGGUGCGCAGGGGCCCCAAGAGCCUGUGCCUGCCCGCCUGGGGCCGCCGCGCCCACCGCGCCUACCUGACGCUGCUGUUCGGCACCAGCAUCGUGGGCCCCGGCCUGGCCAUCGGGCUGCUGUACGCCCGUCUGGCCCGCGCCUACUGGCGGUCGCAGCAGGCCUCCCUCGCCCAGACGCGGCGGCUGCCCGACCCGCGGGUGCUCCGCCUCAUCCUGGGCGUCGUGCUGCUCUUCUGGGCCUGCUUCCUGCCCUUCUGGCUGUGGCAGCUGCUGGCCCAGUACCGCGAGGCCCUGCCGCUCACGCCCCGGGCCGCGCGCAUCGUCAACUACCUGACCACCUGCCUCACCUACGGCAACAGCUGCCUAAACCCCUUCCUCUACACGCUGCUCACCAGGAACUACCGCGAGUACCUGCGCGGGCACCCGCGAUGGCCGGGCGGCCGCGGCGGCGGCCCUGGGCACAAGGGCGUCCCCGGCGCCCGGCAGGGCCCAGCCCGCCUCCCGCGUGGCUCGGGGCGCUCGCUGUCCUCCUGCAGCCAGCAGGCCACUGAGACCCUCGUGCUGGCCCCGGCGGCCCCCGGGGAGCCUGCGCCCGAGGGUCCCGGGGUCUCCGUGUGAGCAGGGGCGGCGGCUGCAGGCCAGGCGGGGAGGGGCCCCUGCGCAGAGCCCCCUACUCCCGACCUCGGGCCUGCCUUGCUCGCUGCUCUUCCGAAGCUCCCUGUCUGCCUUCCCCGAGACGCCCGCCCGUCUCUGCGGGUCUCCAGGGUCUCAGGCCCGGCCCGGCCGUGGUGAGUCCACCUUCUGGUGGC